AUGGGUCGCAUGCACACGCCCGGGAAGGGCAUGUCCGGCUCCGCCUUGCCCUACAAGCGCUCGGCGCCGAGCUGGUUGAAGGUCACGCCGACGGAGGUGACGGAGAUGAUCACCAAGAUGGCGAAGAAGGGCAUGACGCCGUCGCAGAUCGGCGUGGCGCUGCGCGAUAACCACGGCAUCGCGCAGGUGAGCUCGGUGACGAACUCGAAGGUUUUGCGAAUCUUGCGGGGGCAAGGGCUCGCGCCGGGGAUUCCGGAAGAUCUUUAUUGUUUGAUCAAGAAGGCGGUGAGCGUGCGCAAGCACUUGGAGCGCAACCGUAAGGAUAUGGACUCCAAGUUCCGCUUGAUUCUCAUCGAAUCUCGCAUUCACCGCUUGGCGCGAUACUACAAGCUCGCCAAGAAGCUCGAGCCGUCGUUCAAGUACAACUCGGCGAGCGCCGCGACGCUCUUGACGACGUAA